UGUAAACAAAGGAGAAAAAAAAAUCAUGACUUGCAUUCAUCUCCUUCUCUUUCCUCCUCUCACCCAAACCAAAAUAGUGAAGCGGUUCUCAUUCACAAGAAACUCCAAAUCUAUCCAACCAAAUUCAAUAUCUUCUUCUUCCCAAAAACUAUCAAAUCCUCAAACCACCUUCUUCUCCGAUUUAAUCCCAUUUGCAUUAACAGCUCUCAUAACCCUAACUUCUCCAUUACCCUCCUAUGCAAUUCCAUCUCUCAAAUCCUCUCCUCUCUUACCCACCACUCCAUUCUCACAGUCCAAGAACUUACCCACUGGUUUGGAAGAUGGGAAAAUCAGGCCCUGUCCUUCUGUUAAUCCGGGUUGUAUUUCCACGAAUCCGAAAUCUUCUUCCUUUGCAUUUCCAUGGGAAAUUCCACAGGGUUCCAUAGACAAUGCUAUUCAGAAAUUGGAAGAAGCCAUUUUGAAGACAGAAAAAUGCAAAGAUUAUGGUUUGGGAAGACAUGACUGAUAGUAAUUUGUGAAUACAUCAAACGAACUCACCAAAUAAAUUUUAAAAAACAAUACUAAUAUUUUA